AUGGGGCCAGCAAGAGGGAUGUCAGCGGACCGGUAUUGGGCAAGUGUGUUAGGCGGCGUCGGCGCAGCAGCCGCCGCCGCCGCCGCAGCCGCAGCCUCCGAAGAAACGGCCGCCUCGGCGGACUACACAGCGCCGGGUGAGCAAGCGCAGCCGCUGCAGUACGACGACGCGGAGGCAGACGCCGAAGCGGACAGCCAGGCGGAGGCGGAGUCCGCCGAGGAGGCGGCGGAGGCCGUGCCCGACGCGUCGGAGGUGCGCCCGGAGGCGGUCGCGGCGCCGCCCCCCGCCGUCCAGGAGCCGGUCGGCGCCGGCGGCGACGACGACGACGAUGACGACGACGACGAUGACGACGACGACCUGGGCGUCGGCGACCUCGACGAGGACGACGACGACGACGAUGACGACGACGAUGACGAAGACGACGACGAAGACGACGACGAUCUGGACGUCACCGACGACGUCAUCGAGGCGAAGAGAUCACGAGCGAUGGAUGGUAACAAUGCUGUUCCACCUAUUUAUAUAACUAAGUACAAUCGUUUUGUGGAUAAUAUCUUAGAUCGAAUAAAUCAGGUUCUGCGGAAGAGUUAUGAUCCAGUUAAUGUACGUUUACAUUCAAACAACAACACCAAGAAAAAUGGCACAGCAAGUAGUAGUAAUAAAAAGAAAAAUGGCAACAAAAAGAAGAAUAACAGUGUUCGCAGACCAACUAGUGGGCAACGAAAACCACAUAUUACAGGCAGAAAAAGCAACAAUGCAACAGUACCUGAUGAAUCACUGAAAACAUCAAUGGUUGCUGUGUCAGAACAGCUGAAGGACUACCAACAAACUAUCACAGCGACUGUAGAAUCAACAAGGUUACAGACCAAUGUACUAGCAAGCACUGUGAGACCAACAUUAAGCAGCCGAGCAAGACCACCUCAGAAGAAAAAGCAACCACAGACAGCACAGAAGGCAGGAAAUAAGACUAACAAUAAGACUAAAUCCAACAGACCUCCAACACGUGCAACUCUCUAUGGCCUUGCUUCCAUAAAACGUGAUGGAGAUGUAACAGUCAACAUGAUGAGCUCUCACACAACCAUAAAAUCACGAUUCAGUCUGGGACCUCUGAUGCUUAAAGUUGAACGAGAAUUUGGGAGAGGAGCCAAGAAAGACAUUCGUAGUGCUGUUGCCACAACAACAGAAAUGUCCGGAAAAUUAAAUUUGAGGAUAAUGAAUGGUGGCGCAGCAACUCUGCAUUCAAUCAGGGUACUUCAACCAAAACAGGUACGAGUUGAGAGUGCUGAUAACCAUGAUAAGACUCGUGAAUUUAUUUGGCGCCGUUCCAGUCACAUUGCUCAUCUUGUAUCACAGAAGUUAACACGAGCAGCCAAAUCUAUGCUCCAACCACCGCCUACAGUUGUUAAGUCCUGAAAUGAUUAUAAUGAUUCUCUGAAAUAAGCAUUGUACCUGCUCACUCAGUGCAAAUGAGGCCUGGUUAUAUUAACCAGCUCUAAUGUGUUGCAUUUUAUUUUGUACACUGAAAUCAGUUCAGGACUAAAUGUGUCAUGUGUUUCUAUUUAUUUAUUUAUUUAUUGUGUUAUGUGUUUCUAUUUAUUUAUUUAUCUAUUUAUUUAUAUACUAUUUGUAAAA